CUGAAGGCGCUCAUUUUGAUGACUUCUUCUUUUAGCGAAAAGCUCGAUCUGGUUCAUGGAGUAAAACGGCUCUAUACUACAAAUGGAAAACUUGUUAGGCAAUUUCAGGAUAUCGAAGACAAACAGGACUAUGUAGCGGCAACAAAUCACUUUAUACCCCAUCCAUACGGGAAGAGUACGGCGCCCAUAGGUCAUCCAUUUCGAGGAGUAUCACCACUGAAGUGGGUUUCAGACGUUUAUAGUUCAUUUUUAUAA